AUGUCAUCCUUUGAAUUUGCGGAAGAGCUCCUGAGUGGCAUGCUCCUUUAUUGGCCGCACCGUACCAAGCCCGUGUCACUGCUGUUGUGUGGGCCACACGGCAACGGAAAGAGCCAUGUUGUGCGUACGGCGCUGCAGCGCGCGCAGGACGCCACACAACGCCGCGUCUUCACUUUUACCCCACACCUUGCGCAAUCCCUUUCGCGGCGGCACGCGGAUGGGAGCACAGUGCUGAGAAACAACAUCCGUCGCGCCAUAUUCAGCGCUGCGUCAUCAGCCGAUAAUGCCGCUAACAAUGAUAAUGAUAAGAGAGACGUGGCUGUGGCUGUAGUCCUUGACCACAUGGAACUAUUUAUCACUGCCACUACCGAUGCCGCGGAAUCGAUGCACAACGACGACGGGCAAGCACCGGGCCAGUUGCACACUACCACACCGCACCAUCCAGCUCUUCUGGCCGAUCUUUACGACAUCAUUCGAGGGCGUGAAUUGUGUACAGAAGAUGAACUCCAGCAGAUGAAUCUGAGUUGUGUUGCUUUCGUAACGCUUUUCAGCGGUGCAUACGAGGACAUCGAUCCGUUUGCACGUGCAAAGCUUUUUGAUGCUUGUGUAUCCCUGAAAACACCGGCGGAGGCGGAGCGACUCGCGUUCCUGCAGAAUCAGGUUUCCCUUAUACCGACCAUCUGCCGAGCGAUGGCAGCUCGUACUGGCGGUAUUACAUACAGGGGAUUGACUGAGAUUGUUGAACACGCCGAGGACAUCAUGACCGGGGUGGAAUUCAAUGAGCUCCAUCAGCUCUUUUUACAUUCCAGUGACAAUACAGAUGGCGUUCAGCGGUUCCAGUAUUCUGAGAUGGCAAAAGAGGCGUUGGCAACAACAAUUUCGUUACGCGCAGUUAGGGCAUUUUGUGCUAGUGGCACAACUGCGGCAAAACAGUUCCGUCAAAGUGCAGGCUACGUGGAUGUGCAGGAGACACAUUGGCAUGAUAUUUCCGGACUUGAAGAAGUCAAGCAAACGCUUCAACGGCUUGUUCUGCGGCCACUGCAGACCUAUGCGACGUACCGCAGAUUCGGAGUUCGUCCCUCCACAGGGGUUCUGCUCUGUGGGCUUCCUGGUACGGGCAAGACGAUGCUUGCGCGGGCGAUGGCCACCGAAUUAAACGCCUCCUUUAUCUACCUUGACCUGCCACAACUUAUACAGGCCGAGGUGGGUGAGUCGGAGAAAAUACUCCGGGGAUUCUUCGAUACUGCACGUGAACGCAGUCCCUCAGUGAUGUUUAUUGACGAGCUUCAGGCUGCCUUUGGUGUGCGACAUGACAAUAGUAGAAGGUCACGUUCCUCACAUGAUGCUAGACUCGUGUCACAGCUCCUUCAUUUACUUGAUGUGGCGCAAGCGGACGACGAGCACUUUACACUCUUCGUGGGCGCGACAAACGUCAGGCACAUGCUGGACAAGGCGCUCCUGCGCGCUGGGCGUCUUGACACCGUGGUCGACGUUUCACUCCCAGACGAGGCGGCCCGCCACGGGCUGGCAAGCCGCGUGGUGUAUGGUGAAUGGGCCGCUUGGUUUCCUGCAGAAUGUCAAGUCGAUGACUCUGUGCGAAAGACACUGACAAAAGCCUUGGUUGACAGCACGGCAGGCUGCAGCGGGGCGGAGCUUCGUCACGCGAUGAACAUGUUCGCCUUCCAGUUCCUCCGACUUGUGCAAGUGGACGCGAGGGGAGGCAGCGCAGUGCCUUUGCACAUAUUGAAUGAGUUUCUGACUGCGCAAGGAACUCGAAAAUUGGGCACGCACGCCCAGAAAGCGCUGAAGCGCGCACUGUCGGGCACGCCACGUCUCUGA